AUGCCUUCUUCUUCUUCUACUUCAGCUUUUGUCACAACUCUUAUUUUUAAUGGGAUUAUAGCCUCGGUUUUCUUUACAGUGUUUAUAAAGCUAGGACCCAAAGAAAAAAGGGUUUAUCGGCCAAGAAGUUUAGAAACAGUGCAAAUAAUUAGAAAAGAAGAGCAUACAGAAGAGCCACCCCCUGGAUUUUUCGGAUGGAUUUUAUAUUUGUUGACUAAACCGCAUUCCUUUUUAAUUCAACAUGCCAGUAUCGAUGGCUAUUUCUUUUUAAGAUAUAUGAGGAUAUUUGGCGGUUUAUCUAUACUAGGGUGUUUCUUGCUAUUGCCAAUUUUGGUCCCUGUGAAUUCUACUAAUGGCUAUAACUUACAAGGAUUUGAAAUUAUGUCAUUUUCUAACGUAAUAAACAAAAACAGAUUUUUUGCACAUGUGUUUUUAUCUUGGAUUUAUUUUGGAUUGAUUAUUUUCGUUAUUUAUAAAGAGUUAUAUUAUUACGUUACAUUUAGACAAGCUUUACAGACUACCCCACUUUAUGACGGAUUAUUAUCAUCCAGAACCAUAAUAUUAACCGGUAUCAACGAAAAAACUAUAAGCCAAGAGGGGGAUAUUUCCAGCAAAUUCCCAAAUGCAAAUAACAUCAUAUUUAAUAGAAAUUAUACCAAAUUAUCCAAGUUGUGUAAAGAACGUAACAAGACUGCCAAUAAAUUGGAAAAUAUUUUAAAUAAAGUUAUUAGGAAAUCAUGCAAGAUCCACAAUAAAUGGUCUCAAAAGGGCAUUUUAGACAAAAAAUUAAAGGAAAGAGGUGGUAAUGCUGAUGAUUUCGAAACUUAUAUAGGCAAAAGACCUAGCCAUAAAAUCGAUAAUAAAAUUUUAAAAUUUAUACCUGUGCCAUUUUUUAUGGGCAAAAGUGUUGAUUCUAUUGGUUAUUUCAGUAAAAAAUUAUUCCAGUUAAAUAAAGAAAUUUCCUCUAAGCAAAAAUCUGAAGAUUUAGCCACCAAUUUUCAACGCGGAGGCUCCUGCUUUAUUGAGUUUAAAACACAAUACGAUGCUCAGAAAGCUUACCAAGGCAUAACAAGUAAAAAUAAGGAACUCAGUGCUGGAAAAAAUCAUGAUUUUGACCAGGCUUUGAUUGGAUAUUCUUCACAAGAUAUUGUGUGGGAUAACAUUGACACCACUAAAGCUGAAAGGUAUUACAGGAGAAUAAUAGGAAAUAUUAUUUUGUGUUUGAUGAUUAUAUUUUGGGCUGUCCCAGUGGCAGUUAUUGGUUGUAUUUCAAAUAUCAAUUUUUUGACAGAUAGAGUACCAUUUUUGAGAUUUAUUAAUAAUAUGCCAGAUGUAAUAAUGGGUAUUAUCACCGGUCUAUUACCAACUAUUUUAUUGGCUUUGUUAAUGUCAUUGGUUCCCAUAUUUGUUAGGGCGAUUGGAAGAUUUAGUAAAUUGUUGACUAAACAAGAAAUUGAAAAGCAUUGUCAAAAUUGGUAUUAUGCUUUUCAAGUCAUUCAGGUGUUUUUAGUCACCACUACUACAUCUUCAGCAUCAAGUACUGUCGAUUCAAUUAUCAACCAACCUAACUCAGCAAUGUCUUUGUUAGCCCAAAAUCUACCCAAAUCUGCAAAUUUUUACAUUUUUUAUUUUAUUCUACAAGGUUUAACUGUCCCCACUGGUAACUUGUCACAAAUUCCCAAUUUACUACUAAGUAAGAUAUUAGGAAGAGCUUUAGAUAAAACACCAAGAAAAAAAUGGACACGGUAUAAUAAAUUACCGCAACCCAAUUGGGGUGUAGUCUAUCCUGUUAUUGAAUUGUUGAUUAUAAUUUAUAUCUGUUAUUCCUUGGUGGCACCAAUUAUUUUAAUUUUCAGCACACUUUGUUUGUGCACAAUGUAUUUGGCUUAUUUAUACAAUUUAAAUUAUGUAUUUAGAUUUCAGUUUAAUUCCAGGGGAGAAAAUUAUGUAACUGGAUUAUACCAGGUGUUUGUUGGAUUAUAUUUGGCUGAGAUUUGUUUAAUCGGUUUGUUUGUUAUGGCUAAAAGUUGGGGCCCCGUUGUUUUAGAAGCUUUCUUUUUGGGUUUAACUGUUUUAUGUCAUUUAUGGUUUCAAAAAAGAUUUUUGCCGCUUAUUAAUGUAGUGCCAGUAAGUUAUAUCAGCUAUUGCAGAGGAAAUUGUGAAUAUCCCACUUAUAAGGACCAAGGUUUACGCGAAAACAAAGAAACUGCAAAAGAUUUUUGUGAAACACUUGAACUCCAAAAUAGUUGUUGUGGUGGUAAAAUACAACCUGUUACUGAGGAUGACUUGAGAAAAGCUCAUUACUUACCUGAAAAUGACAGUAGCAGUUCUAACACCAGCCUUUUUAAGGAUGAUAAUAAAACAAAAGAUGGUUAUGAUCUUGCCAUGGCUAGAGACAGCACUACUUUGCACUCGUUAAACUUACAAAAAAAAAACAGUACAAUUACUGAUAAUAGUACUGCAAAAAGUGCUGCUAACAGUAAAAAAAAAUCGACUUUUUUUGAAGAAAAGGAUUUUGGUGACUUGCAUAAGCUACAUUAUGCAGAUGUUAGGGGUAAAGUUACUAAUCCCUUUGAAUCGAUCAAACAUGAAGCUUCAGGGGAAAACACAGGCGAAGAACAGGAUUUAAGCAAAUUUACUGAUUUAUCAACAAAUACAAAUACAAACGGUAUAUUUACCACAGUCAGAAAUUUCUUUCGUCCUGACAAAUUAUAUACCUUUAACGUUGUUCGCCAGAGUUUGCCAGGUAUUUUCAAUUAUAGGGUUAAAUAUAGUAACGAUAUAGGAAGAAAUAAUUAUGUGGCUCCUUGUGUACAAGAAGACAUGCCUGUCAUAUGGUUAGCUAAGGAUCCCUACGGUAUGUCUGAUAAACAAAUUAUAUACGGCCAAUUUAACAAUAUUGAUAUUAGAAAUGAUGGCGCAGGGUUUGAUGAAACAUCCUGGGAUUUUGUAUACACUAGAAAUCCUCCUAAUUUUAAAAAGGAUCAAUAUGUUUAA